CAGCAACUUUUCCUUUGGACAAGUUUUGAUAAAUCUCCCCCCAUGUCUUCCUAUUAUUGCAAAUGAAACAGGGGCCUAGAACCGAUGUUGCUCCUUAUGGCUUGUGUUAAGAUUGGAUUCUAUAUAGGGCCCUUUUAAAUGGGCAAACUUCCAGCUGUAAACAAGCACAGUGAUUUUAUUGGCCGCACAAAAGAUGUGAUCAGGACUCAAAGUUUCCAGCAGAACUCUACUCAAAUGUCAUUGGCUUGUCUUCUUCCACAUGGGCCCAGCUGUCCAAAAGAUGUAAGAAAUUGUGAUUCAUCAGACGUAUAUACAUUUAAAUGGGAAAGCCAUAAAGAACAGGAAGGUUUCUUCAACCUUCUUACCCACGUUCAGGGAGCAAGAAUAGAUGAGCAGCGAUGCAGCAUCCAGAUCGUCCACAGCAAAGGAGACCAAGACAGAAGGAACAGCACUCCAGUCACUCCACCUCCUGAGAUGAACCAUUUGAUGGAUAUGUUGGCGCAGUCACAAAGUCGUAGAUUGGACGAUCAGAGAGCAGAGUUCACCCAGUCUCCAUCGUUCCCAGACACUAUGCCCACUCGCAGGGUGUCCCAAGACAAUGGAGGCCUGAAGGAAGCUGAAGUUCCUAUCGUGCCCGAUGACUAUUUUAGCUUCAUCAAUCAAGUCCACAGUCGGCAUCUCGGAAAGCAUCUAAAAAAUCCCGGAGGACGAAAAUAGAAGUCCAAGAGGGGGACACCGAUACAUGUGACCCAAGAUGUGUGCCACAAAAAUGUCCCAUCGAUUCACUUUAAUUGGCGGGAUACCGAAAUUGGACAAAAUCUAAAAUCUAACCGGAACACCUAUGUCCGAGGAGCAGGACUAUUUUUAAAAAAAUUUUUAUUAUCAGCUAUAUU